AUGCGAUUUCAUGCCUUGUCGGCGGACCACAAGUCGCUUUCAUUACUGGACCGUAACACAUGCAACAUGGAACGCCACGCGCUCCAAAUCGUGCUGCUCGCUUUCCUCCUGGCUGCCGCGGUGCCCUGCGCCGCGUCUGAGGCCUCUGGAUCAGAGCCUGAGCCAGAUUUCACCGUUACCAUUAGCAAAGAGGGAAUUGCAGAAAACAGCCAACGGGAGUUCUCGCUCGGCCCUUCAGCCACUCUCCGUGUUGUCGACGAGACCGGCAAAGCGACUCUCUUGCCGGCUCCGAGCGCCGCCGGCGACAGUGAGGCGGGACAGUACAGCGUCGCGUACGUGUUUGAGAACGGGCAGUGCAACUUCGAAAAAACAGUCGCAUACAAGGACGCCUUCCCUGGCUACUCGCAACAAUUAUGGGUCCGUACCGGAACUGAGGCUGGGACCGAGGAGGUGGUUGCAGGAGAAGUUGGGAACUACACAUUUACGAAUCCUCCUGAUGAGUAUUUGAGUGGAGGGUUCAGUUUCUGUGUGCGGUUCACGUCAAUCCCCGCCGCAACUUCCACAACAACACCGUCACCUAUAACGACAUCCUUGGCAACCACGGUACGGCCCUCUGCGUCGUCCGACGGUUCGUCAUCUGACCCGACACUUGGUGGAGCUUCUGGAAAUGCCGCAGGCCCAGGCAACCAGGACGGACAUGGAAGUGAUGGAGAAGCACAAACGGAGGACAAGCGCCCUGUCGAAGAAGAAGUAGAACGACCUGGCGUCCCGGCAAGCCCCAGCCACGUACAGGAGGAGAGCGGCCUCCGUGGAUCCGUCCCAGACCACACUGUGGCAGGCUCCUCUGAGAGUCAAGUGGCCUCAGAGCACACAUCGUCUUCGAUCGCUACUACCCCGUCGCGUUCUUCGAGCGACCUCACCAACGAAGAGCAAACCACACCAAACAUGGUUAUCACUACAUCUCCCACCCUGGCAGACAGCAGCCUCCCCUCCGGCACCAAAGGACCAUCAACUGCUCCUGCCCCCUUAUCGACACUAGAGAUAAGCGCAUCCCUGGGGUCCUCAGACAACAAAGGUGCUGAUGGUGAUGGCCACGCUCGCUUGAGGCGUCUUUCAGACUCAGAGGCUUCAGAAGCGAAAUACUUGACGAUUGUGGUGCACUCUGCGGCUUAUGGUUCUACGGCCGGAACGUCUCUGGUGGCAGCAUCCGUCUUGGCCAUGACAGCAUCAGUGUUGUCCAGCUUUUAG